CCAGUGCAACUGUAUUUUGGGAGAGUUUCAUUCAGACUACUAUUAAGAAUUAAAAUCUCUUUUUGGAUCAUGCACGGCUAAAGAAAGGAUAACAAUGCAGAACAUUAAGUGUGUCGUGGUCGGAGAUGGUGCAGUGGGGAAGACCUGCCUCCUGAUUUCCUUCACCACCAACGCCUUUCCUAAAGAAUACGUUCCCACAGUUUUUGACAACUACAGUGCACAGUUGACUGUGGAAACUAAACUUAUCAGCUUGAACUUGUGGGACACCGCCGGACAGGAGGAGUAUGAUCGUCUGCGCACUCUCUCCUACCCUCAGACCAACGUCUUCGUCAUCUGCUUCUGUGUGACAAGCCACACCUCGUACGAGAACGUCAAGCUAAAGUGGUACCCUGAGGUGUCAGAACAUUGCCCUAAAGUUCCCAUCCUGCUGGUGGGCACUAAAAAGGAUCUUAGAGAUGAUCCAGAGGUUCUGAAGAAGCUAAAGGAAAAGAAUCUCUCCCCUAUCACCCAGAAACAAGGUGAGGUGUUGGCCCGACAGAUCCAGGCCGCUAAAUACCUGGAGUGCUCAGCUCUCAGUCAGGAUGGGGUGAAGGAAGUGUUUACAGCAGCAGUUAAAGCUUUUCUCAGCCCGGGUCAAGCAUCCAAGAAAAAAUGUGUGCUCCUUUAAAUGCACUGGAACUAACUAACUAACUAACUAACUAACUAACUAACUAACUAACUAACUAUCUAUCUAUCUAUCUAUCUAUCUAUCUAUCUAUCUGUCUGUCUGUCUGUCUGUCUGUCUGUCUGUCUGUCUGUCUGUCUGUCUGUCUGUCUUUCAUCUAUCUAUCUAUCUAUCCAUCCAUCUGUCCGACAUCUAUCUAUCUAUCUGUCUGUCUGUCCGUCUUUCAUCUAUCUAUCUAUCCAUCCGUCCGUUAUCCAUAAAUCCAUCCAUCUGUCUGUCUGUAUGUCUGUCCGUCUUUCAUCUAUCUACCUAUCCAUCCGUCCAUCCGUCCGUCAUCCAUCCAUCCGUCUGUCUGUCUGUUCGUCUUUCAUCUAUCUAUCUAUCCAUCCGUCCGUCAUCCAUCCAUCCAUCCGUCUGUCUGUAUGUCUGUCUGUCUUUCAUCUAUCUAUCUAUCCAUCCGUCCGUCAUCCAUCCGUCUGUCUGUAUGUCUGUCUGUCUUUCAUCUAUCUAUCUAUCUAUCUAUCUAUCUAUCCAUCCGUCCGUCAUCCAUCCAUCUGUCUGUAUGUCUGUCUGUCUUUCAUCUAUCUAUCUAUCUAUCCAUCCGUCCGUCAUCCAUCCAUCCAUCCAUCCAUCCAUCCGUCUGUCUGUAUGUCUGUCUGUCUUUCAUCUAUCUAUCUAUCCAUCCGUCCAUCCGUCCGUCAUCCAUCCGUCUGUAUGUCUGUCUGUCUUUCAUCUAUCUAUCUAUCCAUCCGUCCAUCCGUCCGUCAUCCAUCCAUCUGUCUGUAUGUCUGUCUGUCUUUCAUCUAUCUAUCUAUCUAUCUAUCUAUCUAUCUAUCUAUCUAUCUAUCUAUCCGUCCGUCAUCCAUCCAUCCAUCCGUCUGUCUGUAUGUCUGUCCGUCUUUCAUCUAUCUAUCUAUCCAUCCGUCUGUCAUCCAUCCAUCCAUCGUCUAUCUAUCUAUCUAUCUAUCUAUCUAUCUAUCUAUCUAUCUAUCUAUCUAUCUAUCUAUCUAUCUAUCUGUCUGUCUGUCUGUCUAUCUAUCUAUAUUUAUCUUUGGACGUUUACCAUCUCUUGCUUACAGUAAUAAUUAUACUUGUUCAUUUAGUCUUUGUUACUCAAAUUAUAGUAUAAAGUAACCAAGACUCUUGUAAGUAAAUCCGUAAUUAAUUUACACUAAUUUUCAUUGAUUUACACUAAUACUAAUUGAUUCAUAUAAUUUACUUUGAAGUAAUUGGUUGAAUCUCAUGAAAACAUGCACAUGCCCAAAAUCUAAAGGAGAAAAAAGUAUUUUUUCCUAUUAAUGUCAAUGGUGAUUUUCAUUAUAUUCCUAUUAUUGUAUUAAAUUAGGCUAUUUUUACUGUAUUACAUUGGCCAGGUAACAACAUUUAGAGUAUACAAACAUAAUGUCAUAUAAUGAUAAAAAAAAAAAGGCAAGGGUGCAGAGUCGAUGACAUUUCUAUGCCUCUUGGUUAUCUGAGCCAAUUCAAAUGUUCACUUUCACAUAAGCCAACACUUUCAUAGAAUUUAAUGUUUUCUGUGUGAAAUGCUGACUGUGUACUUUCCUGCACACAUUAAUAAAAAGAAGGAACCGUUCAUGCAAAUCUGUGCUUUACACACUUACCUCACGAUUACAAAACAUGAUACUCCCUAUUUUCUUGUUUUCAGUUUUUUCUCUGUAGGUUUGUGAGAUGUGAUUGUGUCUGCUUAUGAAGAGAGUCAUAUACUUUCCAUUUAGAUACUUUUUUUGUGCUGAUUUUAGAGACUCUUGUGAGAGCUGAAGAAACAAGAAACGCAACAUUCACUUCCCUCAUCUGAAUCCUGAGCUAUUUCUGUUACAGUUUUCGGUAGCCAGUUUUGCUUCUUUGUCUGGCUGUAACUGUAAAAAUAGAAUAGAAUAGAAUAGAAUAGAAUCAGUGUACUAGAGCAAGUCAGGUUGGGGAAAGUUGUGACAUUUAUAUUUGAAAUUGUCGUGUGUUUUAUCUUAUAUGUUUUAUAUGUUUUUAAAAUAAUUUAAUACAGUAUAAUUUAUUAAUUACAGUUUCAGUUGGCCAAAACUUUCUUUUGAUAGUUUUAUUAAG